CGUUUCCUUUUCUGAGGCAUGCACAAGAGGUGCAUAAUCCUCAGUAUUCCUGGUUUGCUUUUCUGUGGCGUGAAAGUGCCGUUUAAUAUUCGCUACUGUUAUUUUGGCGAUCAAAAAUAAUAUGGCGAAGUUCGAUCUGACGGCCCGAAUAGGGCAAUAUCUUGACCGGCAUCUGGUAUUCCCGUUACUGGAAUUUCUAUCUGCAAAGGAGAUUUACGACGAGAAUGAGCUUCUUCAGGCGAAAUUGGACAUCCUUAGCAAAACCAAUAUGAUCGAUUAUGCCAUCGAUAUCAGGAAACAGCUUUAUCCGAAUUUUGAAGUACCGGAGGAACUUAACGAACGCCGUAAUCGGGUAUUGCAAGAGCUUGGUGAUCUUGAAGAUAACGCAUCAGUCAUCUUGAAAUUGAUGAGCGACGAUGACACUAUGGAAACAAUGGAAAAAAUGAGGGACUCGAAGUCCCUUAACCACUUUCUCCUCAAAGAAUCAGAUUUCAGAGUGGAGAUGAUGGAGAGCUUGGUAAAGCUGGCAAAGUAUCGUUAUGAGUGCGGUACCUACUCUGUUUCAACGUCAUACUUGUACUUCUACAUGCUUGUGAUGCCACCAACUGAUAGAAAUUAUUUGGAUGUCCUGUGGGGUAAAUUGGCGUCAGAAAUCUUGGUACAGAAUUGGGAAACUGCACUGGAAGACGUGAAUAAACUCAGAGAGUACAUAGACAGUAACGCAAUUGGGAAUACUCUUCAGGUGCUUCAACAACGCACCUGGCUCAUUCACUGGAGUCUGUUUGUUUUCUUCAAUCAUGUUAAGGGCAGGGACCUUAUCAUCGAAAUGUUCUUGUACAGACCACACUACUUGAACGCAAUCCAGACCAUGUGUCCCCAUAUUCUCCGCUAUUUGGCAACAGCGGUAAUCAUAAACCGAUCAAGGCGGUCUACCCUGAAAGAUCUAGUGAAAGUUAUCCAACAGGAAUCCUACACGUAUCGGGAUCCAAUCACUGAAUUUCUGGAGCAUCUGUAUGUGAACUUUGAUUUUGACGGAGCUCGUCAGAAACUGCAAGAAUGUCAAACGGUCGUCUUCAAUGACUUCUUCUUAAUCGCUCUGCUGAAUGAGUUCGUCGAAAACGCUAGAUUAAUGAUAUUCGAAACAUUCUGCAGAAUCCACCAAUGCAUCAGUAUCGACAUGUUGGCUGAAAAACUCAACAUGAAGGCUGAUGUUGCUGAGUGUUGGAUAGUCAAUCUAAUUCGUAAUGCAAGAUUGGAUGCUAAGAUUGACAGUAAGCUGGGGCAUGUUGUUAUGGGCGGACAGCCAGCUUCUCCGUACCAACAGCUGGUUGAAAAAAUCGAGACUCUGAGCGUGCGAAGCGAGGCUCUGGAGAAUCUUAUUGAGCGGAAAUUGAAGGCGAAAAAUCAGGAUUCAGUUAGCAUAGUGUGGAACUAACGAAGGUUCAACAAUGUAUAAAGAUUUUCACCAUUUUAAUCAUUUCGUAAACAGAAUGACGAUAUUCAGAGGAAAAACGAAGAAUUUUGUUACAAAUUUCCACCGGAUGUGUACCGUUUUUCUACAGUCUUUUAAGAUCACCGUGACAACUCAAUUUCUCUGUAAACAGUACAUACGUGAAAUGAAUAAACUGAUAUAUCUAA